AAAAGGUGGGGAUGUCCGAGUAAAGAGGAGCCUGAGGUUGACUAAUUCACUGCAACUUCGGGGAGGGCCCGUUGGUUAUUGGCAGCUUCGGACCCAUAAGCUUCAUCUUUCCGAGCCGGUUUCUGGCAAAGAUAUAUCUCGAUUAUUCCACUUAUUUUGAACAGCCUAAUCAGACAAAAUUUUCGGGGUAUUUGCUGAUUAGCAGUGCCCAAAAGCAGCACGUACAACCGUUCAUACCUCAGGCUGGAGCAGUGAUCAUGACAUCGAAUGCCACGAGGCCCACCAGAAAAACAGAACAACCAAGUAUGUCACAACCAUGCCCACAAUGAUGUCACAACCGUGUUCACAAUCUUGUCUACAAUAAUGACCCUGCCAUGUCUACAACCAUGUCCACAGUUAUCUCACAACCAUAUUCCCAAACUUGUCUAUAAGUAUGUUUACCACCGCAAGUAUGUGUACCAAAAACUAGCAUGCAAAAAUACCCUGAGUGCUAGACAAUGUAAAUCGUUUGACUGGGUAUUCUCGCCACAUGGUGGGAAAACCAACAUCCACAACCGAAAUCAAAAACCCGAACGCCUAUUCGUUCAAAAAAUAGGCAUAUCUGCGGUUCCGGGGAAAACGCCGUUUUCGAAAGCCCAGCUCUGUCAAAUCCACCGCUUGAUAGUUUUGCAGAAUACAAGCUGGGCUGGUCAUUUAAAAGUCGGUCACACCACUCACAUGACCGGACUGUGCUCACAUGCAGUUGUGCAACAUCAGACAUUCGGCUAAACCUGAGAAGUCGGACAAACAGGUUCGCUUGAGAAACGUUAAAUAUUUUCUGUUCCACAUGAAUUUUAUGAGCCCCUGUAAUCUCACUUUUUUCUUUGAGUCAGCAUGUCACCAGUUCAUUUAAGUGGGAAUAACUAUUUUUCUUUGAACAAGUAGAAUAUUUAUAGAGCU